GCUAAUGGUUUCUUAAACCGGUUAUCUAUAUAGAAGCAUGUGAGAGUGGCAGCAUAUUUGAAGGUUUAAUGCCAGAAGACUUGAACAUAUAUGUGACAACACCAUCAAAUUCUGUGGAAAGCAGUUGGGGUACAUAUUGUCCUGGGAUGGAUCCUCCUCCACCUCCUGAAUUUCUGAUUUGCCUUGGUGAUUUUUACAGUGUUGCAUGGAUGGAGGACAGUGACGUCCACAAUCUAAAGGAGGAGACCAUUGGGAAGCAGUAUGAACUGGAAAGUUUCUGAUCAACCUCUAUCAUAGAUCCUAUCAUCCUACUUUUUGGAUUUCUCACUGUAUGUGUUCUUCUGCAAGGUGUUCAGGUGAAGAUGAGGACACUGCAAGAAGCAAUCUUUAACUUUGACUUUUACUUUGUGCUCUUCCAUCCAUGGUAAUGUUUAAAUUCAAAGACUCAACAAUCGGUAAUGUUUCUCUUAGUUAUUUGAUAAACAGAAGCCAGAUUAUGACGGAAGGAAGCAGGACCAAGGAGGUUAGUGUUAACUUGUGGUAAAACAUAAAUAGGAAUUAGGGAUAUUUUCAUGGUUAAAAAUAUAUGUGUUACGCACAAAAUUUUAUGAGGUUGGCCUUGGGUUCAUGGGUAAUUGAGUUGAUGUCAUCUGUGUUGUCCUUUAAUUGACUUUUGUGAAAUAGGAUGGUCCAUUGAUAUCCCUUGUGGAGAUAUCUAUCCAAUAUGACUUUUAGAGGGUGAGAAAAACCAGGUAACACUGGUGGAUAUCCUUAGAGUGGAUAGAGAACCGAGGUGAUAAUGACAGAUUUAUAGAGUUUGAAAUCUGAGAGCACCAUCAAUAUUUCUGUUGUAGUUAUGAUUGACUGAACAGAUGAAGAGAAGAAAAAAACUUGUAUUCUUGGAUGUCCUGUGUUAUGAAAAGUAGACAUUACGGUAGCAUACAUUUUAGUUAUUGAUUUGAAUAUGGUACAUUAAGAUGUGAAUUUAGCAUCUGUUAUAUGUUAACAGGCAGUGCAAAUCUUUUGUGCUUUGGUUGGUUGACUUCAAUACGUUAACAAUGAAUGUGAUCUUCUGAAUCUCUCCAUGCAAAUUGUUUUCCCGAAUGAUCAUUUUUUUAAUAAAUACAAACGUUAUCUUUUAUUGUUUUCAGUACGAACAAUUGGAUGAAAGGUUAACCCAAAAGAAGGCUAUUCUUAAGGAGAUCACAGAGACAAUGAUGCACAGUAGCAUUAAUUACUUCGGGAAUCUAAUUUUUGGAUCACAGAAAUUGGUCCCUUUAUCCUCGGACUGUGAGAUCAUCUGGUCAAGCACUGGUUGAUGAUUGGGAAUGCUUGAAGUCGAUGGUUCAGGUAUUUGAAUCACAUCAUGGAUCCCUCACUCGGUCUGGCAUGAAACAUUUGGGGACAUUUGCAAACACAUGCAAUGAAGAUAUCUCGAUGAAUGUUAUGAAAGCAGCUUGUUCUGGUACGUGUAAGAGCUACAACAUAGCUAUGUGGAGUCCGUCGAGGAUACAGUGCUUGAUCUUGUUAUCACCUCAAACUCUAUCUUAGUAGCCACACUCAUUCUACGCAGCUGCCAUACAAAGCCCAGGGAAGAUGGACACCCUUUCUCAUGUUCCUCCAGGGUUUCGGUUCCACCCGACCGACGAAGAACUCGUGGAUUAUUACCUCAGGAAGAAGGUAGCAUCAAGAAGGAUUGACCUGGACAUCAUAAAAGACAUCGAUCUGUACAAGAUCGAGCCAUGGGACCUUCAAGUAAAAUGCAAGAUUGGUACAGAAGAACAGAACGAGUGGUACUUCUUCAGCCACAAGGACAAGAAGUACCCAACGGGGACGCGGACCAACAGAGCAACCACUGCUGGCUUCUGGAAGGCCACCGGGAGGGACAAGCCGAUCUACUCCAAGAACAGCUUGAUCGGAAUGAGGAAGACGCUGGUCUUCUACAGGGGUCGAGCACCCAACGGGCAGAAGUCGGAUUGGAUCAUGCACGAAUACCGUCUUGAAGCAAAUGAGAACGCGCCACCCCAGGAAGAGGGAUGGGUUGUGUGUAGGGUUUUCAUCAAGAGAAUAGCACCGGUCAUCAGAAGAGCCAGUGAGCACGACUCUGCAUGCUGGUACGACCAUCAUGUGUCCUUCACGCCGGAGCUCGACUCUCCGAAGCAAGUAGGAGCCCCGCCGGAGAUGGCGUACCACCACCACCACCCACUCUUCUCCUGCAAGCCGGAGCUGGAGGUGCGCCACCACCACUUGCCACAGUUUGAUUCGUUCCUCCAGCUCCCCCAGCUGGAGAGCCCCAACCUUCCUUUCUCCCUCGUCGCGCAAGAAGACCCGAUGAUCCAGCCCAGUAAGCAGCUCCAGAUCUUCUCCACCUGCAACAACUCCCAAGGUAUCAUUCAUCAUGCAGCGGAGCAGGCAACGGACUGGAGGGUGUUCGACAAGUUCGUCGCAUCCCAACUCAGCCAUGGCGACAUCUGCAGAGAACUCAACUGCUCCAGUUCUGGAAGCGACUUCCAAGUUUCCCAGAAGCUUGAAGCAAAUGUGGAGCAUGCUUCGGCUUCCAACUCCAGUGGUGGCCAAACCGAGCUGUGGAAAUGAAGCCCAUACAUAUAAUUAUACUGAUUUUAAUUAGGAGGUAAAUAGCUACCAAAAAUCCGAAGAUCACAGAUUUAUGUACAUAAUAAACCACGAGAACAGUCUGGGAUUGCUUCUGGCCUCUGUAUCAUGUUAAGAGCUUCUACUUGUCGAGAAGGUAUCAGAUGGAUGAGGAGGCCGAGGGUUCGAGUAACUGACUCGGUCUCCAUUGAAGAGAAAUCUGAGACAUAAUGGACUCCAUUAUUUGGUCCAUUGUUUCGGAGCAGUAUUUGCUGCCAUGUAGCUAACGUCUUCUGCAGU